UCAUAUACCGGUCGCGUUCACCGGUCGUGCGUAUAUCGACCGCUCACCUCCGCCAGCGCGCUUACCAUAGAAGAUAAAUAUCAAGUAUAAUUUGUCGUAGCUGUCACAGUCAAACAGCACGGCACAGCAGCAGCGCUGACUGACGGACAUAGAACCAUACAAACGUAUUUUUCAGCGCGGAAUAAAGGACGAGGCUUGCUCCGUCUGUGUGACUGUAUUAUUUUCGAAACAGCAGUACACGUUGUCGGAAAUCAACCGUCGGCACUGCUGUUACCCAUUAGUAUUUCAUUUUUGGAGGUGCUUUGUGAAUACACUGUUAGCGUCCAUCGCAUAUCAAGUGAUGAAGUUCGAUUACUGUUGGGCCUAGGCUUAAACCAAAGCAUCAUGACGUUUCCCCGAGUCAUAAUCAUGACAGUUUUCCUACUCAGCUGUGUUUUUAACGGAAAGCUAGUGCAAAAUGCAGAUGCACAAUUGGCAGAAGUAUCAAGCAACAGCCAAACAGGUAUCGAAAGCAAGGCCAUCCGUUUCGGCGGGAUUGUAUUUGAGCAUGAGGAUACCAGUGAGUGUUGGACACCCGAUCAGCAGAAGGGCAAGUGCAUCCUGCUACGAGAAUGUCCCGGCCUUCAGCAUGUGCCACACCGCAUCUUUCUGCGAAAAUACGUCUGCGGCUACAACGGCCUUGCCCCGUUACUCUGCUGCCCGAAACAGUUUCAGGUUGCCGGCGAAACGCCUCCUGCACCCCCGCGACCUACGAUUGAGUCGACGGUUUCCCCGCGGCCGAUUCCGGCCGGACUGCGUGCUCGAAAGCCUACUCUUUUCCCUGAAGAAUGCGGUAUUACGAACGCAACGUUCACACGCGUCGUUGGUGGUGUUGAUGCCAAAAUCGGUGACUGGCCUUGGCAAGCUCUCGUACUAAUGAAGAACAACCAAAACGACCAAUUUGAAUCGCAUUGUGGAGCGAGUCUAAUUUCAAGAAAGCACGUCCUCAGUGCAGCGCACUGUUUCAUUUUGAGGCCGAAGAAGGUAACCGAUAGAAACUUUCUCCGAGUACGUCUGGCUGAGCAUGACCUCUCAAAGACGGACGAGCUUCCCGCUGGAAUUACUACCGAAAGAUCUGUAGCGCGCCUCGUUACUCAUGAAGGGUUCGAGUUUGGCAAAAAUACUAAUGACAUCGCUAUUAUUGUCAUGGAUAGAGAUGUGGCGUUUAAUAAGUUUAUCGCACCAGUAUGCCUUCCCUAUAGCACGCAAGCGAUUCCGAACAAUAUUGUUGACAAGUACGUAUUUAUCACCGGUUGGGGCCGUCUGCGCUAUCUCGGUAGGACGGCUAAUGUCCUCCAGCAGGCUAGUUUUCCCAUUUGGGAUGCAAAGCGGUGCACCGACGUCUUUAAAGAAGUCAAUAUUGAUCACGUCGAUCCGGACCACUUUAUCUGCGCCGGAGAUGAAAGCGGUGUCCAGGAUUCGUGUCAAGGUGACUCAGGAGGUCCUCUCGUGCGCCCGGAAGGCUAUUCACCGACCCGCUUUUACCAAGUCGGUAUCGUCUCGUUCGGAGUACGCUGCGCGACUAAAGGCUUCCCUGGCGUGUAUACACGCGUGACAAACUACCUCAACUGGAUCAACAGCCAUGUAGGCGACUAAGUUCCUUUGUACUUCUCUAAAAAUAAGGGAACAACGAUCAAGCUACUGGUAAUCAACAGCUCAUCAGUAAGCAGGCGACUGAUUUGCUCAGUUGAUGACCCGUAUUGAUCUGUGUCUGUUGAUAAAGAUCUGUCUGGAUCGACAAAAUCAUUGUGAUAUUCGACUAUAGCGUGAAUGAACGUAGAAUGUACUCGAAUUGAAUGUUACCGCUUAAAUCGGAGCAGAAUGAUAUGUUAUGGCGUCGUCUCUAAUAAUUAGGAAAAGAUUUGUUAUCUUAUAGUUUUUCUAGUUCAAAAGUGUGGCAUUUUUGCUCUUUUAAACUAAGUCGCGCAUAGGAAGCUGUGUGCACUACAAUCAAGUUAGACCAGUCCUGCUAUAAUGAAACAUAGUAGGUUGCAAUCGCGUGCGCGUCAGCCCGGCAAACCUUUUUGCGUAUCGACGUUACGACCCGAAGUGUCGUUUUGACAAGAUUAUUCGGCAAUAUCGCUAUUUCAAAAGAGCCCCGUUAACUUCUAAAUAACGUGAAAACCUUACAAGAACGUUAGUAAUUAAGAUUACAUCGUUAACAGGUUCAAUUAUUAAAGUUCAUGUGAUUCGAAAGCCUC